UACUAAGUUUUGUACCACAAGUGCUAGUAGCACACAUGUAACGGAAAAUAACUUUUCAUUACUUUUGCGCAAUUCUAUAUAUUUUCUGUGUUCUACAAUUAUAUAUUACGUAUUUUAAAAAAGUGAUAAAGCUUUUAACACAUGUCAAUCUGUUGUGACAUGGCAAAUGCAUAUUAUUACUUAUUCUUAUAGUAGAAAAUUGUGGAUCACGUGUUGCAUCACAAUGACAAUACAAUUCAUAUUACUCUUCAAUCUUCUAGUUGUGUCUGCGUACAAUAUUGAUACGAAUUAUCCGAUAUUAUAUCCGGAUAGUGCAACUAAUAUAAAUCGGUAUAUACACACGAACUUUCAACGCAGUUAUUUCGGCUACUCGGUGCUGCUCCAUCAUGACUUCCAGAAGAAUAUCUCAUGGUUGCUCAUAGGAGCACCCCGUGGGAAUUAUACGGGAUCAGUUUCCAAAGAAUUGGACGAACCCGGUGUGGUUUAUCGAUGUAGUCUGCCGGGUUCUUGCGAAGAAAUCGAGCCAGCUGUUAUCAAAGACGAAAACGUAUUCUAUAACAAUGUGAAUAUGUUAAUAUAUAAGAAACGUUCCUGGUUCGGUGCUGCAAUGUCGAUAGAAAGAAAUAGCGGCUUUUUUACGAUAUGCGCACCACGAACAAAUAGACGAUUUUCAUGGUAUUAUUCAUGGCAGUAUGUAAAUAUAAAUCUUAUGGAAGGCGUGUGUUACAGUGAUCGGAUAUCUUCGACGACAGUAAUGGCGGAAACGUCUGAUAUUAGACGUAUUAAUUUUAGUAAAAAGUGGUGGUAUCAUACAAUGCAUGGUUUCUCCGUUAGUUUUGAAUCCCCGCUGGAUAAAAAAGCAAAAAAUAUAAGCCGCAUUAUAGGAAGACCAUCUGAUGAGGAAAAUGGUAGCGUGAAUGUGGCAAGUCUGGCGACAAGCAAUUUUGAUGAAAUUUACAGUAAAGAUACACAUUCAUCAAGGAUAGUUUCUGUAACAGAAAACUCAAAGUUUGGCUACACGGUAACAUCGGGAUAUUAUUUCGCCCCAACUCAAUCUCUUUUUGCCUGCGCUGAUCCAGGAUGGAAUCAAACAGGACAGGUCGCUGUAAUGAAAACGAAUGAAAAGUUUACAUCUGUAGUCGCUCGUCUUUAUGGCAGUGAUAUAGGCGAGUUUUUCGGAGCUAGUUUGACCACCGGUGAUUUAAAUAACGACGGUUUGCACGAUCUUGUGAUCGGAGCUCCGCACUGGGGAAACGAUCACGGCAGAAUCUAUAUAUAUUUGGGCAGUUCGAGGAAGGAAUUCGAAGCAGCUGUAAUUUUAGAAGGCGCCAAAGAGGACGGAGAAUUCGGUUACGCUGUUGCGAGCGGUGAUCUAGACGGGGAUGGUUUUAGUGACAUUAUAGUGAGCGCACCUUGGGAAGAUUCUGGAGUAAUUUACGUUUACAACGGCAAUGCGGAUUUAAAAGAUAAAGUAAGACCUGUCGCAUCACAAAGGAUCAUGAUACAAGGUGUACAAACGUUUGGAUUUUCGAUAUCUGAACCAGUUGACAUAGAUAACAAUGGUUAUGCGGAUAUCGCAGUAGGCGCAUAUAAAUCAGGACACGUCACGGUACUUCGGAGUAAACCCAUUGUGAGAACAGAUUUAACUGUUUCCACUGAUCCGAGCAUUUUACAAAAGAAUAUUAGCUCUUUCUUCCUUGAAGCGUGCGUUCAAUAUCAUGGCUAUGAUAUGGCAUAUACACACCCGUUCAAGAUCUCUCUUAUAAUAGACAAGAAGUAUCAACGUACCAAAAAGACUUCAUUGGAAUUGUUUUCCACGGACCCUCCAAUUCAUACGUGUGUGAAUAUUAGUAUUCCACUUGUGGAUAAUAUUCAAGAUUUCAUAGAACCAAUCGUUAUUUAUGCAUCGCAUAAUUUUUCACAUAAUAAUUCGUCUGCGCAUAAAUUCUGCAAAACGUGUCCUGUUGAAAGCAGAGAUAGAAAGGCGAGGAGUACGCAAAUUUUGCUUCCUUUUGACAUUGAAUGCGGGGAAGACAGAAUCUGCCACUCCAACAUUUCUGCAACAAUGAAAUUUUGCGGAAUUGGGGAGAAUGAUUCGUGGAUGAUUGGUUCCAAUGAUAUCGCUUUGGAGACACACUUGCAGAACCAUGCUGAGCCGGCGUAUCUUACGAAAAUUAUAUUUACUUUUCCGGACGGUAUUGUAUUGCGCAGUAUUCUACCAUUCUGCGAGGAAGAUACGGACGGAGAUGCCUUGAUGAUCAUUUGCAGUGUCGGCAAUCCAUUUGAAACGGAUGAACAGAAAGUUAUAAAACUCGAUUUGGAUAUGAGACAAUUGACGAACAGUUCAUUGCAUGGACGCGUUCUAGAAUUUUUCAUGGAAAUACAAACUCAUAGCGUAAAUCGUGGCAUAAAUAUGACCAAAUCCUUGCUCACUUUACAAAGCGAAGUGUCCUUAUUAUUGAAUGGAAAUGUGAUUGAAGAAGAUUAUUAUAUACCUGCUUUGCACGAGGAUCAAUUGAACAUAACUUUUCGACAUAUUUAUCAGAUAUUUAAAUUUGGUGCGACUUCUCUUGAAGAGGCACAACUUGUCGUCAAUGUACCAUCAGCGAUGAACGACUUGGGUUCUUUUGUAGUUUUGUAUAAACCGCAGAUAUUUAUAUCUGGAAAAAAUUAUUAUUGCUCAUCAAAUGGAAUAGAUCUAAUAGAUGUUCAACAGGAUGAAUUCCAAGAAAAUAUAACGUCAAAUGCAAAUAAUCUCAAUAAUAAUAAUGAAACACUGAAUCAUACGCUAAACGUUAUGCAUAAUAUAUUCAAGAGAGACACAAGCCGUCGUACAUCUGUAUCGUAUAUGUCGCAAAAGUUGUCUGCUGAGAACAUGCCGAAUUCAACAAUAUUAAAUGAUAACCUGGCAGCGCGAGAAAGUGAUGUUAUAUAUGUAAAUUGUUCAGUAUACGGCAUCAAUUGCUCGACGGUACACUGCAAUCUGAGCGCAUUAAAAACACAAAAAGAUGUUGGCAAACUAGUGAUGCAAUUAACUGUCGAUGUUAAGAAGUUCAAAGAUAUUUUUGGAUUAUCAGAGAAAACAAAAAUUGUACAGUUCAGCACGGAUGCUUAUGUUGAAAUCAUACAACCAGCAAAUAGAAUUCCCGACGUAGAUACUAGACGUAAUGUGACUCUCACGACGAAAUUUAGCUUUUCAAAGAGGGAAAAAUUGCAAAUGUGGAUCGUACCUGUAUCGAUCUCGUUAGGUUUCAUAUUAUUAUGCGUGGUCAUUAUUUUCCUAAAUAGGAUGGGUUUUUUCAAAAGGAUGACAAAUGAGGAACUAUUGGCUUUAAAAACAAGAGAGGUAACAGAGAAUGUAAAUGAAAUGGAAGUCGUAGAUGCAAUCGAGUAAAAAAUUUCUACUAAAAGAUGGACAUGCCACCUUAGAGAUAUCAUUGAUAUUAAGUUUGUUUUCUAAGCGAGUUAAAAAGCUCUAUCACUACAUACCUAUAUUUACGAAAAUUGGUUAUAUACUUUAGAUGUAUUAUUAUUUUAUCAUUUGCUAAAAAUCAUAUAUUUUCUCUUAACUUACAGUAUUGCCCAUAUAA